CUUUAACUUGGCACCUAACUCCUUGAACUCCCUAUGCAGAACUUCAUCACUCGUCCUCCCCAUGUUUUUGGUACCUACGUGGUCCACAACUUCUGGCUACUCACCCUCCCGCGCAAGAGUGCUGAGGACUUGAUCUGUGAUACCCUGGACCCUGGCAGCUGAGAAUCUUGUUCUUGCCCACAGAACCUCCUAGCUAACAAAUCCCUGUCCCCACAGCUUGCCUCUUUUUCCCCUUCCCUUCUAAGUCAUAGAGGCAGGCUCAGUGCCAGAGACCCAACCACUGAGAUUUUCCUCAGUAAGGUUAUCUUUCCAUCCUUCAGCAGUAUGCAAAGUGAUAUACCUGUUGUUGAGGGGGAUGGCCACAGGGAUACUUUGCACUGGCUCCUUAACUCCUUUCCCCUACCUGACGGUUACCCAGUUUCCUGUGUCCUUGGGUGUAAUUGCCUCUCUAAAUGUCCUGUCUGCCACCUCCCGAAAGAUCUGGAGCUCAUUCAGGUCCAGCUCCAAAUCCUUAACGCGGUUUGUUAGAAGCUGCAGCUAGAUGUACUUCUCGUAGUUGUUGUCAUCAGGGACACCCGAGAAGUGCCUUCCCACAUCCUGCAAGGGAGCAUUAAACCAUCCUGCCUAGUAUCUCUAGUGCCCCUAGCUAAACAGAUAUAAAGAAGAGAAAAAAAGAACUUGAGCUUUUCUUUUCUUUUUGCUUUCUCUGACUGAAGCCUCUUUGCGGAAGCCUCGAAGACCUAAACCUUCAAGAUCACCACUCAGACUAUAUCCACUCAGAUGACGACUGCUGCACUUACCCUGUCUUCCUUUAAUUUGCUCUUACUAAUCAAUCCCAGGCACCGACUGGUUGCUGGUCAAAGCUCUGUUACACUGCCAUGACCUGUUGCUGCCUUUUAUCCUUGGGGAGUGACCUGAUUGAAGUCCCGCCCUCUCCAAACUUCCAAUGAUCAGAUUGGCCGUUGGUCAAAGCUCAAAGGAACAAACCCUUUGACCCACAGUGGGUGUGGCAAACUAGAUUAGUAAUCAAGUACCUUCUAAUCUAAUCCCAUUUAUCCAAUGUCAAUAUCCUUCAGUUUCAUACACAUUCAUGUGCCUAAGAGCCUCUUGAAUGACCCUUUCAUCUCUGCUUUCACCACCACCCCAUGCAGUGAAUUCUGCACAUGCACUGCUCUGUGUGUUAAAGAAAACUUGCCUCUCCUGCCUCUUUUCACUUUACCCCCUUGCACCUUGAAUUCACGCCCUCUGGUAUUAGACAUUUCAACCCUUUGGAAAAGAUACUCUCCUUCUGCACCUGUGUCUCUCAUAGUCUUAUCUACCUCUAUCAGGUCUCCACUAAGUCUUCACGUUCUUCAGAAAAUAACCCAAGCUUGUCCAACCUCUCCUUAUUGCACGUUCCCUGUAAUCCAAGAAGCAUUCUUUUAAACCUCUUCUAAACUCUCUUCCAAGCGUCCACAUCCUUCCUAUAAUGGGACAAGAAAUUUCACAAUGCACUGUUAUCAGUGAUAAUAAGCCUGUUUCUGAUUCUGACCAGAACAAAGUGCAGUAAUCCACAUGCAGCCUAACUAGAAUUUUAUAACACUGCCACAUAACUUCCUGACUCAUUGACUAAUAAAGGCGAACAAGCCAUAUGCCACCUUUAUCAACCUGUGUAGCCACUUUUAGGGAGCUCUGAACUCGGAUCUUUAGAUGCCUCUGUUCCUCAAUGCUGUUAAGGGUCUUGCCAUUAACAAUCUAAUGUUUCUUUACAUAUGACCUCCCAAAGUACAACACUUCACAAGUAAGCCAGGUUAAACUCCAUUUGCCAUCUCUCUGCCCAUAUCUGCAACUGAUUUGUUUUCUGCUGUACCCUUGCCAGUCUUUUUCACUAUCCACAACAUCACAAAACUUUCUAACAUCCAUGAACAGAUUACCCACCCAUCUAUGUGUGGGCAAGUUACUGAUUGGGAUUCUUAGAGACAGGACCUAUCUGCAUUUGAAAAGACGAGGAUUAGGAUAGUUAGUUUGGUUUUGUGCAUGGAAAAUUGUGCCCUGUGAAUUUAAUAGAGUUUUUUGAAAAGAUGAUCAAGAGGAUUGACAAGGUCAAAUGGUAGAUGUUGUCUAUGUAGAUUUGAGCAAAGCUUUUGACAGGAUCUCAAUAACUAGGUUGAUCCAGAAGGUGAGAUCACAUUGGAUCCAGGGUGAGGUAGACUGUUGGAUACAAAGCUUGGUGAGAAGAGCAGAGGGUGGUAGUGGAGAGGUUUUCAAAUUGAAGGCCUGUGACCAGUGGUAUAUCAUGAGGAUCAGUGUUGUUCACUGUUUUUUGUUAACUAUUUCUGUAACUUAGGAGGCAGUGAUCAUAAUAUGAUAGAAUUCACCUUGCAGUCUGAGAAGGAGAAGCUGAAAUCGGAUGACAAAGAAGAGAAAAACUGCAGAUGCUGGAAAUCUGUGCAAUGCACACAAAAUGCUGGAGGAUCUCAAUAGGCCAGGCAGCAUCUACGGAUGCCGAAGGGUUUCGGCCCAAAGUUUCGACUGGUCUCUUUUCCAUAGAUGAUGCCUGGUCUGCUGAAUUCCUCCAGCAUUUUGUGUGUGUGUGUGUGUGUUCGUCUAAAAUCAGAUGUAUCAGCAUUACAGUGGAGUAAAGGGAAUUACAGAGGAAUGAGUGAGUAGCUGGCCAAAGUUGAUUGGAAGGGGACACCCACAGGGAUGACAACAGGGAGCAGUAAUGGCUGAAGUUUCUGGGACCAAUUUGAAAGGAGCAGGAUAGAUUCGUCCCAAGGAAGUAGUAUUCUAAAGAGCAAAUGAGGCAACUGUGGCUAAAAGGGGAGGUCAAAGACAGUACAAAAGCUGAAGAGGGCAAAACAUAGCAAAAAUUAGUGGAAAGCUAGGAGAAUGGGAAGCUUUUUAAAAAAACAGAAGGCACCAAAAAAAAGGAAAGAACAGAUGAAAUAUGAAGAAACUAAAAGAGAUUGCAUUUCCAAAGGCUGAGCAGUUGAAGAGUGAGCUUCUGAAGAGAUAUGGGAUCGAAUACGCAGAGUUCCAGGAGCAGAAGCAGAGGGAAGCUGAGGGGUUUGCGCACCAGCUGGCCCGGCAGCAGCAGCUCGAAGAUGAAAAGCAGAGGGUGGCAAGAAUGCGACAGCAGCAAGCUGAACAGGAGGAGUUCCGUGCCUUUGAGGAGAUGAUUCGGAAGAAGCAGCUGGAGAAGGAGCGACUAGAAGUGCUGGAGGAAUUCGCAAAACCAGAAAGCCCUCCCGCAUCGAAGGACUACCCCCUUAUCCCUGGCGUUACGAGACCACCGAGUGCUAGUAGCCCAUCAUGGCCUGCUUCAAGUGUUCCCAAUGCUGGUCCGCCUGUCAUAGAUCGUUCAACAAAGCCCACAACCUUUGGAACCAACUGGAACAAUUUUUCUGCAGACAAACUCCGUAAUGUGGCAAUUCCCAACGGCCUGUGUCAGCAGUUUCUCCAGCUCGCUGAGGCCAAUACAGCCCAAGGAGUGGAAACCUGUGGGAUACUCUGUGGAAAAUUGCUGCAUAAUGAGUUUACUAUAACACACGUGAUCGUACCCAAACAAAACGCGGGCCCUGAUUACUGUAACACAGAGAACGAAGAGGAACUCUUCCUUAUUCAAGACCACAAUGACCUGAUAACGUUGGGCUGGAUACAUACCCAUCCAACACAGACUGCGUUCCUGUCCAGCGUGGACCUUCAUACCCACUGCUCCUACCAGAUCAUGCUUCCAGAAGCCAUAGCAAUCGUUUGUUCACCCAAGUACAGUGAGUCAGCAUUUUUCAGAUUGACUGAGCACGGAAUGGAUGAGAUUUCUUCCUGUAAGCAGAAAGGUUUUCACCCGCAUGUUAAGAAUCCCCCUCUGUUCAAUACAUGCUCACACGUUUCCGUCAUUGAGACCAACGUUACAAUCCUGGAUCUUCGGUGAUUGCUGCCUUUCAAGUGUCUUUGGUUUCCAUAGAAACCGUUAACAGUGAUGUCACUCUAGUUCUUCAGGUAGAAACUCCUGUAGCUUCAACAGUUACAAAUUGAGCUUUUGUUUCAAGUGUUUUAGUCUAAAAUACUAAAUUCUUGUCAAUUCUACCUUGUACAGAAUAUGUAAUUGCCUUUAUUUAAAUACCUGCACUGCUGCACUUAAUCAAACAUGAUGCCUAUUAACUUUUUUUUCAGUAUAUCGGUCAUUUGUUGACUCUUUUUGAUCUAACAGUUGUCUCUGUAUAUCAAUAAACCAAGUGUGAUCAUU